UUCCCUUAAAUUCAGCUGUCCUAACGUCAAAACUCAGACACUCGCUUGCGUGUCUCCUUCUUAAAAUCUCCCUUCUCUCUCUCUUUCGUUUCUCUCUGUUUUCUGGGUUAUUUCAAAGAAGAAUCAAGAAACGAAACCUCUCCCUUUUUCUCUCUUACAAGAAUCAUGGUGUUUGGAAAUGGGUCAACGCAAAAAUCAAACCUUGACAGAUUCCUUCAUUGCACAACACCUGUAGUGCCACCCCAAUCUCUCCCCAAGGCGGAGAUUAGGAGCUUGAAUCGGAUUUGGCAUCCAUGGGAGAGAGAAAAGGUUGAGUUUUUCAGAUUGAGUGAUCUAUGGGAUUGUUAUGAUGAAUGGAGUGCUUAUGGAGCUGGUGUUCCCAUUCGUCUCACUAAUGGAGAAUCUCUUGUUCAAUAUUAUGUUCCUUAUCUCUCUGCUAUUCAGAUUUUCACCUCUCGUUCUUCCUUGAUCCGCUUUAGGGAUGACUCUGAAGAUGGGGAAAGCAGAGAUUCGUUUAGUGAUUCAUAUAGUGAUGAGAGUGAAAGUGAUAAACUUUCGAGAUGUGCUUCUGAGGAAGGACUUGAACAUGACGCUCUUUUGCAUCCGAAUGAUCGGUUGGGAUAUCUUUACCUGCAAUACUUUGAGAGAUCAGCUCCUUAUGCUCGAGUUCCUCUCAUGGAUAAGAUUAAUGAAUUGGCUCAAAGGUACCCUGGAUUAAUGUCGUUGAGAAGCGUAGAUCUUUCCCCGGCAAGUUGGAUGGCGGUAGCGUGGUACCCGAUUUAUCAUAUUCCAAUGGGAAGGACGAUCAAAGAUUUGUCCACUUGUUUCCUUAGUUAUCACACUCUUUCAUCUUCUUUCCAAGAUAUGGAGCCAGAAGAAAAUGGCGGGGAAAAGGAGAGGAUCCGGAAGGAAGGAGAAGGUGUAACUUUGCUUCCUUUUGGAUUAGCCACUUACAAGAUGCAAGGCAAUGUUUGGCUCUCGGAAGACGAUCAAGGUCAAGAUCAAGAGCGAGUUCUGUCGCUUCUAAGUGUUGCAGAUUCUUGGCUAAAACAGCUAAGAGUCCAACACCAUGACUUCAACUACUUCUCAAGAAUGGCUCACCGUGGCUAAAACAAAUCAGUCGCUAUACU